AUGACAACGAAUAUCCACCUUGCUACGGUGGUUCUCCUCCUCCUCACGGCGAGCCAAGGCGGCGAAGCAAUGGCUCGCAGGAUGAUAGGCGGGGCGCGCGAUCCAUGCUCCGUAUCGGAUUUCAAGGUUCUAUGCAGAUCAGUCGUGAAAGGACAAAGGAACGUGAACGCAGCGACGGAAGUGUCCAUAAGAGAGCUGAUGAAGAGGACGAUCAAGGCGAAAGAAACCGCCGCGAGUGGCCGGAAAAGUGGCGGAGGACUCGAGACUUGUUACUCAAACUACGACAGUGCGCUCGAUAAUCUACAAAAGGCGUUGAAUAACAUUAAACAGCACGAUGGGUUUAGCCUUAACAUCAAUCUUAGUGCAUCCUUAACGGAUUUUGAUACGUGCAACGACGCAAUGGGGGGAGCUAAAGGGUCGAAUAUGUUCGCUAAAUCCACAAGCACUUUGCAUGAAAUGGCUGACAAUUGCUUGGCUCUCUCUACCCUCGUGAAGCAAUAA